UGUUGCCCUCAAUGACAGCGCAUCUCGCGAGAUCAAAUGCCCACCGAACGCGAGGUUGGCAAGCUGUUGUGUCUGACGAUCGCGCUGCGUGGGGGUGCGCGUUUGCUUCUCGUUGUCAUUUGCUCGGGAGAGAAAGCUGGUGCGGAUUGGUAGCUACAUAUUUUGCUUCAGUUGCGUCGGAGAGACCUUUAACGCAUCGUGCUCAGACAGACUUAGCUAAUUCACGCCGUAGGCAGAUACACAUUCUUUCUUCUCUACGUGGUGCAGGAAAACGCUACCAGUUUUGCUUUGCUAGUUCGUGCAGAUGCGUUUCCAGGGGAGGAAAGGGGGGCAUGAUUAAGCAAGAGGACUGCUCCGCUUGUCUAACGGGAGGGCUGAAAACAAGGACAUGGUGCUGUGUAUAGGAUCGCGGCCUGUAUUGACGCCUGCCUCGCCAUAACCGUGUAUUUCUCAUCACUCCUUCUCGUAGCUCGCUCAAAUGGGUGCUUGGGCGUCAAGUCCGUUUAGGCCCGCCGUCCGGCACACGGAGCCCGACUGUGGGGAAAUAGUGGUCAGCUACUAGCGGCUCGGCUAGCUGCAGUUACCCAAUGCUGCUGCUGCCGCUGCCGCUGCUGUGUAGAGGAUCUACCAGAAGAGAAGCUGGAGCCUUGGGCCCACACUUUCAGAUUUUGCGAUCUGUUCGUUUGGAGUACAGCUCAAGACCAAACCGGCCCCACGGAUAUGUGAUACCGUAUUUUCACCUGCACUUAAAUGGAAGGCGUAUUGAACUUCUCCCGUUGAUGCGAGAGCCGUAUUGCGCCGCAAUGUGGCUUGAAAAUAAGGGAAGACUCAGCCUGUAACCGGGCUCCUGUAGGACGGGGCUAGGUAGACACAGACCCUGUAAAAUCUUCAGUAGAAGGGGUCGACUCUCAUCUGUUUGCAUUGGUCUGAAGUGUCCUCUUCACCUUCCAAUCUCAAGGCAAAUAGACUUCAUCUGAGAUGGAUAAACUCACCAUAAUUUCAGGAUGUCUAUUCCUGGCCGCAGACAUAUUUGCAAUUGCUAGCAUUGCAAACCCUGACUGGAUCAACACGGGCGAGUCGGCAGGUGCUCUGACGGUAGGGCUGGUGCGGCAGUGUCAGACGAUCCACGGGCGUGACCGCACGUGCAUCCCGCCGCGGCUCCCGCCCGAGUGGGUCACCACGCUCUUCUUCAUCAUCAUGGGCAUCAUCUCCCUCACUGUAACAUGCGGGCUGCUGGUGGCCUCGCACUGGCGCCGGGAGGCCACCAAGUACGCCCGCUGGAUCGCCUUCACCGGGAUGAUCCUGUUCUGUAUGGCUGCUCUCAUCUUCCCGAUAGGAUUUUACAUUAAUGAAGUGGGGGGCCAGCCAUACAAGCUGCCUAACAACACGGUGGUGGGCUCGUCGUAUGUACUCUUCGUCCUCUCCAUCUUCUUCACGAUAGUGGGGCUGUUGUUCGCUGGGAAGGUCUGCCUGCCCGGCUGAAGGACCCUUCUGCCCCCUGGCCUCAACGUUGGGCUUGUCAGACCAGAGGAAGGACAGACAAACAACAACAAAAACAUAAGAACAAAUGAAACCGAAAAAAAAACAGACAAUGUUACGAUGGAGGAAGGGAUGUCCGCACGAAGCGGCAACUAGGAGCAACCACACUUAAGCAUUGAAAAAAAAAUAGUGCCAAUAGGAACAAAAAAAACAAAACAAACAACAAACUGCGCUCAGUUAUAUAGCUGCAAGAGGGUCCUGAUAGGAACGCCCCUCCUCCCCCCUGCCCCCAUGCUCUCCGUGCCUACUCCUGUGAUUACACAAGUGUUUGUCUUUAUGUUGCACUUUCGGAGGGUGGUUUGAAGAGGAGAGGAAGUCAGGGAGAGGGAGCUGGAGAGAGGCGGCAGCAGGAAAAGAACAGCAGAGCAGCGAUGCUUGUGGUUGAAUCGGUAGGUCCCCAAGGCGCCAGUAUUUUUAUGACAUCACUGUUGUCAGUGGCAGCGUGUGUCCCUGGGAGAAGCCUUUGCCCACCACUCGAUUUUUUUUUAACAUUUUUUUUGUCCAUCAUUUGUUUGUUUGAUCGUUCAGUUGUUUUAUCUUGCUUUAGUGUCUUCUCCCCCUUUCAUUUUGGUGCCAUCAUUUUCACCCAUGAGGUUUUCAGUUUCUUCCCAUUACGUGUGAACAAGGACCCACAUGUCUUGGACCUUUUGGAGGUUUGCUUCUUUUCCCCUCCACAAUAGCAGUCGGGGGAAAGUGUGGAGAAGGUUAAGCGAGGCAGUACAUCCAUGACUGGGUUGUGGGCUGGCAAACCAAAAGACCGGGGAAGAUUCUGGCUGUGAGAACGGAAGCACUGCAGGUCAGGAGAGAUAGCAGGGGCUUGUAGGAGGGCUCCUUGGCACCCCUGGUCACUUCAACCCCCUCAACACUAAAGAGGCGUCUUGCCAGAGAAAGCAGGAGGAGUGGAUGCCACUGAGGAGAGGAGGCCACAGGGGACAGAAGGAGGAGGCUUGCUGCCUUGUUAGGUUCUUAGAGCUCCCAUGGUGCCACUCCACAACAAAGAAAAGGCCAAAAAAAAAAUGGAAACAGAUGGACGAGCAGGGAGGAUAGCUAGAGGAUAGGAAUAAGCUUUGGUCACAGGCUCAGUUCAAAGACACUCAACAGCAUCAGGACUGCUGGUCAGGACCUUGUGGAACAGAGCCUCAACGUGCUUCAGUGUGAUGCUGCUGAACAGUAUCUCACAUGGGGGCACACACACACACACACACACACACACACACACACACACACAAAGUGUGACCAAGCUGAAUGGAACUCACGUUACCUUCUUGUGUUCCUUAAGUGCUGGGUGUAAUCGAAAUCUGUUUUGUUCUGUUUCGGCUCCUCUAGGUUCAGAGAGUGUGUGUGUGUGUGUUUGUUUGUUUUUUGUUUUUCGCCAUUCUUUUACCUUCCUGAUGCUGUUGUGCCAUGAACCGACAGCUUGCUUUUUUAAGGAAGCACAGUCGGUGCAUUAGGGUUGUACAGCCAGCAGCACAGGAAAACAUCACAGAUCUAGACACAGAAAAUUCUUACCUCAUUGUUGUACCUAUUGUAAACCUUUGUUAAAAAUAACAUCAUGUGUGCCCUAUCAUUGUGUGCUUUCCUGAGCAGAAACAUGGCAACUGAAACCCUGACAUUGCUUUUCUGACACACUAUGUACCUUACACUGAAUAAGAGAUUGGCAAGCUUUUUGCAGGUAAUUACGUCCUGUUUUUUGCCACUUGCUUCUGAACAUUAAUAGAAGUCCUGGCCUUUCAUCAGGUCUACAUCUACAAGGAUGCUGCAUAAACAGAGUGGAUACUUUCUGAGCAUUGGUCUAUAACAGAAUCUCAAGGGUAAUAAUGUCUGUUCAAAGAAAAAGUUACAUUUCUCCUGAAAAAUGAUGGAAGUUUUUUUUUCUUUCAUUGAAAUUGCAUCUUUUCCCCCCUCACGGCCUGUUAUGUUUGAACUAUCUGCACAAAAACAACAUUUUUCAAUUACUUUUCUUUUUUUUACAGUUGUCCAGCUUCAUCAGUGUUUUCAUUCAUUAUGUGAAAGAGGUUAUUACCAUGUGAGUAGGGUCAAGAAUAUAACAGUGUUCUCUAGAUUACAGUGGCAGGACACCUGUUCAGUUAAACCGGUGGCAACUGGUGCAAGUUUUGGUUGGUGGACUGGGACCAGCGCCAUAGAAUAUUACUGACAAGAAUAGGCAGUUGCAGUUUCUCAUUGGAAGUUCCCCAAAGAAGUUGGUGAGAUUUCCAUAAUGAUUCCAGUUUCCACUCCACUACGAUUCUGUCAGUGUGAGUGCCAAGCAAAAUUGGAUCUUCUUUGGGAAAGUCUAAAACUGCCUAGGAUUUCGUCAGCAUAUUUUGGUUCUGAAAACUUGAUUCUGCAAGAGGGAAUUGAAAAUAUUUAUAAGAAGGAUACAUUCGAACAUAAUUGGGCUGACCCAUGUCAAACUGGCCAUUUAGGUUGUUAACCUUAGCUUGGCUACCAUGACCUAAUGAACAACAGUAUUAUCCAAAAGCUAUCACCAUCCCAAAUGUGUUGUGGCCUUUCAUCCUGACAACCCUUGAGUAGCAGUCAUGCUUGCCCUGUCUGGGCACACUGUUCAGCUGAGUUCCAUCAUCCCUCAUUUCUAACAUCAGUUUUUCAGCUGUUGACUUCUUCAGUAAAUGUCAUCAUUAAGAAGUAGGAAUUUUUGUGGAAGGCUGAUUAAAAUUUUUGUGUGGUUUGUAAAGAAGCGCACAAUGCUUAGUAGAGGGUCAUGCAGCUGAACAAUAUGGAGCCAACUCUUAAGUUAAUAGGGGUCCAAGCGCUGACACUUGAAUUGGCAUUGACCGUAUGCAGUGAAAGGGCCUUGUCCCAGCACCCUUCAGUCACCAGCUGCCACUGGUUUAAACCUGUAGAGGUUUGAGUCAGCAGUAUAAACUAUAACCAGAACUUAAAACUCCACUAGCACAAGUAUUAUUAACGCACAGUUAGGACAGCAGAAAAAGAGUGUGAUAAAGGAAACCUAACACUAAGUACAACUCAGUAUUGUAAAAAUCUUUGCAUCUUUGCAAAACUGUUGAGAGCUCACUACAGUGACUUUAUACAUGUCAAAGAUUUUUUUUUUCUGGGGGUGGGGGGGUCACUAAUGGACAUUGUGACAAAGCCUGCAAUGACAAAUAUGAACUCUUAAAGACUGCUUUAAUGAUUUGUUGUUUAAGUUUUUUUGCAAAAAAAGUAACUUGUUUUGUUUUGUAAAGGAUUAUGAAGUUAAUAUUUAUAAUUUAAAAAGGGACGAAUAAACGUGUAUUCACAACAGUGUUAACAAUCAAUGGAUGACAGCAUUGACAGUGCACAGUUACUGUUGACAGAAUUGACAUUAUUGAUUGUUUUAUUUCUUUUUCCUUCCCCUUCACUUUUUGUGUUAAUGUUUCACUUCACUGUACAAUACAAUAAAAGGCAUCAUCCGAGCCUUUAUGGUUGAUAA